ACGUCAUUGGUCAGAUGACACCUGACUUUCACAAAACUGUAAAGUGGAGACUUCACGCAGGCCAUACUGCGUCUCAUAGCAUGUCAGGCCGCAGUAGAGUAGGCUUUUGUCUCAGCGCCAAGAAACGGAAGAGAAUGAACCUUGCAGCUUUUUCUGAGAUGUGGGCCACGGGGUCAAGGUGGUGGAGCCGCGUGUUUUUACAGAUUGAUCUCGGCCAGCCGCUGGCCCCCCAGGGGCCCUUCGACGUCAUCGUCCACAAGCUGUCUGACGUCAUCGUGGAGUCCGAGCACGACCAACAGUCUAAGCACCUCCUUGCCAACUUCCAGAGCUACGUGUUGGCCCAUCCCGGUACCGUUCUCCUGGACCCGCUGCCCGCCAUGACCCGGCUCCUAGACCGCUUCACAUCCUACCAGAUCAUGAGCAAACUGCACAAGUCCCUCAGAGACUGGCGUAUAUGCAGCCCGCCGUACCUGGCCAUCCACAGCACCGGGGACUUGGCCUCCGUACAGACGGCCAUGGAGGAGCAGGGCCUGAGCUUCCCUCUCAUCUGUAAAACCAGAGUGGCCCAUGGCUCGCUGUCCCACGAGAUGUGUCUGAUCUUCAGCGCGGGUGGCCUGCCUGACGUCCGCCCCCCCUGCGUGCUGCAGAGCUUCGUGAGCCACGGCGCCGUGCUGCACAAGGUGUUCGUGGUGGGGGACCGACACUUCUGUGUUGAGAGACCCUCGCUCAAGAACUUCCCCUCCGGACCCUGCGACAGGAAGACCAUCUUCUUCAACAGCCACGAGGUCUCCAAGCCAGAGUCCAGCUCCCACCUCACAGCGCUGGACGAGCAGACGCCCAGCCUGCCGCCCCCCAGCUCAGAGGCCAUGGCGGCGCUGGUCCAAGAGCUACGGGUCCAGCUGGGCAUGGCGCUGUUCGGUGUGGACGUCAUCAUUGACAUACGCACACACACGCUCACCGCCAUCGACAUCAACAUCUUCCCCGGCUAUGAGGGGGUCCCCCAGUUUUUCCCCUCCCUUCUGGACCACAUCAAGAAAGUAUUGGACCAGCGGUCCGGUGCUAGUGGUUUCCAACAGAACACCUGAAUCUCUUAAAGAGCCAUAGGGAUAGCCUGUGUGUGGCAAAACAGUUUAGUCCUGCUGCUGUCUGUAUGGGGAGCUCACUGGUGUGGCCUCACCUGGCACCAAUUAGAGCUUAUCAAUAACCUUGAUUAGGUUAUUCCGAUCAACUGUGUGACUGUCCUCUCUAUGUACACACAUUCCUAACGGAGGGAACACAAUCAAGUCCCAGACACAAGUCGCCUCUCACCUUUACCCUUAAUGUGUUUGUAUACACAUUACCCUUAAUGUGUAUACAAAUUGGUUCCGUUGAUUUUUGACCACAGCUUACAGAUGAUACAAAGAAGUAAUUCACAAUUUGUAUUUAUUAACAAUUAGCAUAGAGGAAUAGACAACAGGCACAAAAUACAGCACUCACAUUGGCCAGUGAUAUUGCAAGUUUUUUUUUUAUUGUUUUCUUCGUAUUUUUAAAUGUCCUCUAUGCCCUCAUCCCAUCCACUCAACAUUUCCUUUGCAGUAUUUUGUUGCUGGUUUGUGAAAAUAUUUGAAACAGUUUUGCAGAUUUGUGUGGAAAAAAACAUACAUGUUACAUUUAUUCGAGUAGUUCUUAGGUUUAUCCCGAAUUAACAAAUAUCUGAUGAUCUUUGGAAGAGGAAUAGUAAAAUGUGUUGUAACUGAUUAACCAUGUAUUAAUACAAGCCACAAAGUAACUUUUCUGUGUUCAAUACACAAAUGUGUAUUGUACACUAAUCUUGUAUAUAUUGACUUGUAAUCUUUUAUAGAAAAUAUAUUACAUUUAGAACCAUAUGAUGCAUUGUGAUUACAUAUUAAAACACACCAAAGAUUUGUUGUGAUGUAUUUGGCUGAUUAUUGCAUUCACGUGCCAAUACAUCUUAUUGCAGACAGUAAUGUGGCCCUCCAAUGCUAUUUCCUGUGCAAAGUGAAUUCCCAACAAAUGUCCACCUGGGGGCACUGUUGCUACUUAUUUACAUUUGACCUUGGCUUAGACAGGCAACAAUGCUCCGAGCUUUUACAUAAAGGGAUACCCACACACGGUGAUGUAACAGUCAUCGCUGCAAUUUGACAAUGUUUCCGUUAUCAUUAUUAAAUGACAACAAAUGGCUUCAGUGUCUCCCCUACUUCUCUAGUGCUCCGUGGCUUGUUCAUAUAAAGAGUGCAAAGCUAGCUGAGAACCUGAAGUGACACCUUGCAACCUUAUUAAGCUCUUAGCGCAUGACGUCCAGGCAUUU